AUUUAUAUUCAAGUGUAUAAUUUAUUCAACCAAGUAGAGAAAAUUCAAGAUGAAACCAUUUGUUAACAACCUUUUCUUUAUGUUCUUCUUUGUUGUUGUUGUCUUAACCAACAUUCAAAUUUGUUUUGCAGAUUGUGAUAACCUUCAAGACACAUGUCCAUCAAUUUCACCAAAUAAACAAACCAUAUUCAUCAAUGGUCUACCUUGCAAAAAUCCAUCUAAUGUAACAUCUCAAGAUUUCAAGACUGUUGAAUUAAGUAAGGCUGGUCCUAAAGACAUUUUUGGCGCGUCGGUAAAACUUGUUACCGCUUUUGAAUUUCCCGGGUUGAAUACUCUCGGUCUAUCGAUUGGAAGGACCGACAUAGAAAAUGAUGGUUUGGUAAACUUUCAUUAUCAUCCUAGAGCUACUGAAAUGAUCUUUGUUAAAAAAGGUGUAUUGAUGGCUGGAUUUAUUGAUACACAAAACCAAGUUUUCCAAAAUGUUCUCAAAGUUGGUGAUGUUUGUGUUUUUCCUAAAGGUUUGUUUCAUUACAUUCUAAAUCAAGGUUUUGAAGAUGCUACUGUCUACUCAGUGUACAAUAGUCAAAAUCCUGGACAGGUAUCCAUUAUUCCUACAACUUUUGACACAACAUUGGAGUCUUUAGAUAUGCUGAAAAAGAGAAUUAUCUCACUUUCUACCUCUCAAGUUCAGGAUGGUAUUAUCAAUUCUACCACUUAGCCAUUCAUAUUAUUGCUUCCUUUUGAGUUGCUAAAAAAGAUUGUGAGUGUUGUUUAUAUAUAACAAUAUUUAGGAAUUAUUUUUUCUUUCUUAUUAAUUAUUGGAUGCUUUGAGUUUAUAGUAUGAUACCACUAUGGUUCUAUAGUAGAGAGAAAUAUAAUUAAAUUUGCAAGAACUGAGUUCACUUGGGCUUUGUUUGGA